AUGUCGAAUAUGAUUUCCCUGACUGCCGUGAGCAUCUUGUACCUGCCUGUUUUACUGUUUGAGGCCUUUGUCUUGUCUAAUGGGAAGUAUGAGAGGUGGCAGAGAGGAAAUGUGGAGAAGUCCGCGAGCAGUACGGCAUCCAAAGAGUGGAGGCCAUGUUCCACGCCUUGGAUCGGAUUACUCGGACCCCAACCUGUUACCCACAUCACCCUGGGCUGUGAGAUCAGGGACUCCUGCUGGCAUUCCUCGGUGGCUCUGGAGCAGAGCAUCGAGUUCAUACGAGACUCUCUCAUCUCCAUCCGGGACGACAGGGACGGGUCCAGGUGGUGCAUCGAAGGGGUGCCCUCCAGUCAGCCACCGACAACCAAGAAGCCCAUUGCGGGGGUCAUCGGGCCCGGCUCCAGCUCAGUCGCAAUUCAAGUUCAAAACCUUCUGCAGUUGUUCAACAUCCCCCAGAUUGCCUAUUCUGCAACCAGUAUUGACCUCAGUGACAAGACACUAUUUAAGUACUUCCUCAGAGUCGUGCCCUCAGACACCCUUCAGGCCAGGGCCCUCCUGGACAUCGUCAAACGAUACAACUGGACUUAUGUGUCUGCGGUGCACACAGAGGGUAAGACACAUUUCUUUUAAAGGGGUACUCUGGUAAAUUAGUAUUGCACUUACAUAAAGUUAGGAGACUCCCAAGAGUCAGAUUUAAAAGAGAAUUGUCAACAUUGAAGCAGCAAA